AUGAACAAAUAAGACAAACCAGAAUCCAGAGCUCAGCGCAACAUUCGUAUUGUUAUGGGUAAUAUAAAGGAAGAUCUAAAAUAUAAAGUUGUCAAAUAUUUUGGACACCAAAAGGAAGAAUAGGAAUUAGCUAAACCAAGAUAUGCCCAUUCAUAAUUUCCUAAAUAACAGCUUUUUAGUUAAGAAGCCGAGUCUAAUCUAAUCGACUUUUGUCUAGACAAUCAAGGUUUAAAAGUCAGCAAAGUAGGGACUCUUGUAGAACCAAUGAUAACCACAGAAGAAAUACCUUAAAGACCUUCUAUAAGGAAGAUGAAGGCCAUUAAAUAGCCUGUUUUUUUUACGGAAGUCACUACUACCCAUUUUCAACCUAGCGAAAGACCAAAGGAAUUACCUGCUUCGCUUAAAAGAAGCACUAAAUAAUAAAUGAUGAAUAAGGAAAUUUUAAGAAGAUUGGGCUUAUUAAGUAUUUAAGCAAAGAGGGAACUUGAAAUUGAGAAGCUCUGCAACAGAGCCUUAAAAGUGGCAAGAAUUAAGGACUCUCCUGAAUUAAAUAAAAGAUAAUUGGAAGUUAUCCAAAAAUAAAUGAGAGAUGCUGAAAAAUAGUCGUAAGAAUUGGAAAUUCAAAGAUGCACUACUUCUGCUUCGGCUGCAUCGAGAAAAGCCUUCGAUUAUUAAGAUGACUAUCUUCUAGAAUGUCUAUCUGAAAGACCUUAACUAGUUUACAGUGUCUAAUCUUUUCGAAAUAGACCUUAAACUUAGUAAACUAAAUCUAGAAUUCACAACUUCUUUAAAACUGUUACUUUGGCUCACUUAGAUAAUAAAGAUGAAAUUAAAAAAGAUGAUCUUAGCAUGCAAUAAUAAAUGCAAUCCAUAAAGGAGAGUUUGCAAUUAUGCAAAAAAAAACUCUUAGACUACAAUGACGAAAUAGAAAUAGCAUUGACAGAAGAUAUAAAAGGACAAGUGAUAGAAUAUAAAAAUAUUAUUAAAAAUAAUAACAUAAAAUGA